UCCUUAAAUUAGCACCAAAAAGCACCAAGAAAAAAAUCAAGAAUUUUGACGACGUAGCCUAUUUAGACUUUUGUGGCUGUGCUAUCUAGGGGAAACCCUAGAGAGGUGGGAGAACUGAGAACAGUGCAUCUGCACUGAUGAGUGGUGUCUGGUUUACUGAUGGAUUGAUACGUUGUUUCUUGGGACUGCAGUUCAUAUUUUCUCAAGCGUGAGCGACUGUCACUGGUAUCUGGUGUCAAGUCAUUGACGUUUAUCUUUUAUUGAAUGAAGUCUAAUAUUUUCUGGCAAAUUACUGAAGACUAUCGAAGACUAUAGGCUAGACUUUUGGGAUCUCAUUUGGAUAAACUUUCUUGGCACAUAUUUUGUCAUACGUCCAAAGAUGUCUGUUUUUGAAGAUCUCAGCAAAGCCGGGAUGGCAGAGUUUCAGGAGAAGCUGCGGCUGCAGCAUGAGACCUCCAUGCACAAAGAGCUGGAGAAGCUGCUGACCACAGCCAAGGGGGCUGAGCAGGAGAUUUCCAAAAAGGACUUUGAGGGUUUUAAGAACCUCUUCCACAGAUUCCUCCAGGUGAAAGGACCCUCUGUGAAAUGGGACAAGAUCCACAAGCCCCCAGAGGAUCUGAUCCACCCCUAUGACAAGAUCAAGGCCCAGGUGCUGCCGGACAGCGUGGCGGCCAGCCUCAACAAGCUGGUGGUGGUCAAGCUCAACGGAGGCCUGGGCACCAGCAUGGGCUGCAAGGGCCCCAAGAGUGUCAUCAGUGUCCGCAAUGAGAACACCUUCCUGGACCUCACUGUCCAUCAGAUAGAGCACUUAAACAAGACAUUCAACGUGGACGUGCCUCUGGUUCUCAUGAACUCCUUCAACACAGACGAGGACACCAAGAAGAUCCUGCAGAAGUACACACACCACCGGGUGCACAUCCACACUUUCAACCAGAGCAGAUACCCGAGGAUCAACAAGGAGUCCCUGCUGCCCGUGGCUAAGGACCUGGGGGUGCACGGCGACCAUGGCGACGCCUGGUACCCGCCCGGCCACGGAGACAUCUACGCCAGCUUUUACAACUCCGGCCUGCUGGACCAGCUGAUCGCCGCGGGCAAGGAAUACAUCUUUGUGUCCAACAUAGACAACCUGGGCGCCACCGUGGACCUGUUCAUCCUCAACCACCUGAUGACGCAGCCCAAAGACAAGCGCUGCGAGUUCAUCAUGGAGGUCACGGACAAGACCCGCGCAGACGUCAAGGGUGGCACGCUGAUCCAGUACGACGACAAGCUGCGUCUGCUGGAGAUAGCCCAGGUGCCCAAAGCCCACGUGGACGAGUUCAAGUCGGUCACCAAGUUCAAGAUCUUCAACACCAACAACCUGUGGAUCUCCCUGGCCGCCAUUAAGAGGCUGCACGAGCAGAACGCCAUGGACAUGGAGAUCAUCGUCAACCCUAAGACGCUGGACGGUGGUCUGAACGUGAUCCAGCUGGAAACAGCAGUGGGCGCCGCGAUUAAGGCCUUUGACAACGCCCUGGGCGUCAACGUGCCCCGUAGCCGCUUCCUUCCCGUCAAGACCUCGUCGGACCUGCUGCUGGUCAUGUCCAACCUCUACAGCCUGGACGCCGGCUCGCUCACCAUGAGCAAGAAGAGGGAAUUCCCCUCCACGCCACACGUCAAGCUGGGCAGCUCUUUCACCAAGGUCCAUGACUUCCUGAUGAGGUUUGAGAGCAUCCCAGACAUGCUAGAACUGGAUCACCUGACAGUGUCAGGAGACGUCACCUUCGGAAAGAACGUCUCUCUCAAGGGAACCGUCAUCAUUAUUGCCAAUCACGGAGAUAGGAUUGAUAUUCCUGCCGGAGCGGUGCUGGAAAACAAGAUCGUAUCUGGCAACCUGCGCAUCCUCGACCACUAAGGCCUUCAGGAUACAGACGAGACUCAAGGCCAAGAACAAACUAUACCUAGGACUGUUGCAGAGCAAGAAAGACACAGGGUGAAGUUCCACAGUUCAAGGUUAUCUGUGAUCCACCAUUUCAGAUGAAUUAUCUGCAGCUUAAGAAAGACUACCGCAAUCAGGGUAAUUUUAAAUCAGCUUCAAAUGGAUGGGAUGGUCCUCCUAAUGAGCGUUGUGGUUCAGCACACCAUGCAAACACACACGGCUUCUGUUGGAAGCGAAAGCUUUUAGAGGGUUCUGGGCUGCGUUUACACAAGCAGCCCAAUUCUGAAAUUCUUCCCAAUUAUUGGCAAAAGAGAUCAGAAUUGGGCUGCCUGUGUAGCAAAUUCUGAGCCAACUAACCUGAAUAAAGUGCAGUAUGGAUUCAA